AUGUCCGAAAUUACGGCGCGAAGCAUUGUUACUCUCGUCGUGUUCUUCGUCGUCAAUGCGCUCGUGAUUUGGCCGAUCAAGAUCCCAAUCCCGCGCGUGCUGGGUGUGGGCUAUCGUCGUCUCAUUGAUGGGGUCGAGCAUCUGCUCGGCUUCGGCCCUCUCGACCACGACGGUCCGAUCUGGGGCGGCAACUCGGACGGCACACGGCAGAACGCCGUCACUGAGACGGGCGUCACGGACGCGGCCGAGUCGGUCCCUGCUCCUGACGUCGCUCCCAGCGGUCCCGGCGUGCCCAGCGCUCCUGCAUCGAGCGAGGCCACGACCACAGUAAACGGCAGUGGAAGCGGCAGCACGGCCGACGCAGAGACGACGGCCAAGCAAAGAAUACGAGACAAGGAGAAGGGGGUUCCUCACCACUUCAAACUCGGCCUCGUCACUGCGCCGCCGGCCGGCGUGCUCCUCUUGCUGGCCAGCACGUGCAUCACGGGCCGCACGGUGCGCGAGGGCAUUGUGGCCGAGCCCAUCCGGCCGUUCGACGUCAUGAUCCUCUUCCUCUCGUUUGCGUACAUUGCCCUGUCGCUCGAUCAGGUCGGACUGCUGCGAUACCUUGCUUUCCUGGUUGCUAAGAAGGCGACGGACCACUCUGCCGCUGUUGAGACGCCUAGCGCUACGCCGGGGGCUACGCCGGGUCAAACUCCUGGACCGAGCGGGAGGGCGACGCCGACGAAUUCGGCCUUUGCUCCGGGGGCCACAGCUGUGGAGACUGCGUCGAGCGAGACGGUGGCGGCAGGCGAAGGCAGCGGUCGAGCCAGGCGCCGGAAGGGCAAGUCGGCGCAACCCGUCUUCGCGGCACUAUACGCGCUGUUCAUCUUCAUCUCCGCCGUAGCCGGCAACGAUCCCAUCGUGCUGUCCGGUACGCCCUUCGUCGCCUAUUUCUCGCGUACGUCCGGUUCCCCCGCCGAGCCCUACGCCUUCAUGGAGAUCUACGCGGCCAACCUGGCCAGCGCGAUUCUGGUGUCGUCGAAUCCGACCAAUCUCGUGCUCAGCGCCGCCUUCGGCCUCAGCUUCCUCCAGUACUCGGCCUGGAUGGUUUUGCCCACCCUCGCAGCGGCUGUGGUGCUGUACCCCGUCAUUGCGCUGCAGUACCGCGCCCAGCUGAGACGGGCUAUACGUCCCCCCGACGUCUAUCCGCGCUCUGCCCUCGUCGAUCCCGCAGGCGCGGUGUGGGCCAGCACCGUCUUCAUCCUUGCCGUUGUUGUGCUCGUCGUGCUCAGCGCGACGGGACAGCUGCACGGCGCCGCGGGCGUGUGGAGCGUCGCUGCGCCUGCGGCUGUUCUCGUCGCAUUGCGGGAUAUGUGGCACGACUGGCGGCAUCGGGGACAGCGGGGGAAGGAUGUGGAGUUGGCCGAUCUGGGCCAGAGCGGCCAGAAUGGUGCUAGUGGCGAGAGAGGCGAAAGGGGUGUGGGACAGGCGGGGGAGUGUACUUGUAGCAAUGGGGAGCGCAGGAGCUACGAGGAAGAAGAGAAGGAGGACGAGGAAGACGUCGACGGCGAACUCGAACUGCACAUCGUGCGGCCCGUCAUGAAACGUGGCAUGCGGCGGCGGCUCAGCUCGCGCGUAUGCCGUUCGCGUCCUUCACCUGCUGCCCUUGCUCCGCUGGCUCCGCUGGCUCCACUUGAGGCGUCGACCAGCGCAGUGAUGCCCUCUACGCCUUCUGCUUCCACCCCGACUGUCACUCCGGGCUCGAGUUCAGGUCUGGGAACAUCGAUCCCCACUCCAGCCUCCUCAAGCACGGCAGCCUGCAACAUUCCACGAAGGCGACGAAGGCGACCAAGACACCACCCAAUCCACUGGUUCCGGCGCACCUUCCCGACCGUCUCAAGCAUCGUCCCGCGCCUCCCCUUCCCGCUCGUGCUCUUCGCGCUCUCCUUCUUCAUCCUCGUGCGCAGCCUCGAGACGUGGAUCGGCAUCUGGGCGCGCUGGUGGGCCAUCUACGUCGCGCGGACGGGUCUCGCGGGGGCCAUCUUCAUGCUCGCCCUGCUCUCUGUCGUCGGGAGCAACUUUUGCGGGACCAACAUUGGCAGCGCGGUCCUGUGGCAGCAGGUGCUCGUUGAGUGGAAGCGCGCUGCGCGCGCUGAAGGAGGAGAUGUGGACCAGAGGAUAUUGUACGCCAGCAUGCUGACGCUCGCGACGGGGUGUAAUUAUGGCGCAUACUCUUUCACCUUUUCGGCCAGCCUUGCCGGGUUGCUGUGGAAGGACCUCCUCUUCGCGCGCGGCAUUCGCGUGCGUAUUGGCCAGUUCUGUGUCAACAAUCUCGUGCCCCUCUUCGUCACUAUGCUCGUUAGCUGUCUCAUCAUCGCGGCCGAGGUGUGCGUCAUGCUCUAG